UUCUAUGGUGAGCUAUACUUGUUCCACUUGUUCGAUAUUAACGUUGGAGUCGUCUUCUAUGUCCUAGAGUUAUGACAUUACCAGGAUGCUCUCGAGUGAUACGGGCGUGGACACUGCGUCUAUUAAGACAGAAGGCGAAACUCCUGGUGCUCGUCAUCUUCGUACUAUUUCUCAGUGGGAUCGUAUCUACUUUGAACCAAGAUGCCGAGCGGUUCACAGGCCCACCGCGACUGGAGAGCACCUGCACGAACUGCUCCCACCAUGGUUCCACCGCCCAAGACAGCGCUUUCCCUUACGGCUACACCAUAAACAGACCACGUGCCUGUGACGUGGUAUCUUUACUCUAUCUCAUCGCUGUUCAUUCCGAACCGCGCAACCUGGUUGACAGGCAAUUAAUACGCGCGGAUGUUGGAAGCUCAUCUCACCGCAACUUCACCACACGGCUAAUCUUCUUUAUGGGCCUUCCAGCCAAUGGCGAGUACCCAAUGGACCGAAUUCACGAAGAGGCCGCAUACGGUGACAUUGUCCUGGGCAACUUCUCUGGUGCACUGGGCAACGCCACAAUGGUUAGCAUCAUGAUACUCAAGUGGACUGAUACGUUCUGCUCCAACGCGCAGUUCAUAGUCAGGCUCUCUGACAGUGGCAGAACAAGCGCGAGGGCUCUUCGUUCAAUGUACGAAUUUCUGAGAACCUAUUCUCGGGUGUUUGACUUAUUCGGUUCAGUAGUCAACCUCGACGGACAACCCUGCGAAGUCCUAUCUAACGGUGAACUGAGGUACUGUCCAGGACCGGGAUAUCUUACCGGGUGUGUCUACAUAAUGACGGGACGGGCUGUACGCCCCCUGUACGAGGCUGUGGUUCGCAAUCCUGUCGUUCCUGUGGCACCUGAACUUUAUGUGACUUACCUGCUUGCGGAAAGCGCUGGUGCUCGGAGAGCAGAUAUUCUUCGUGUGCGUGGAUGUUACCUCGAGAGGAUACCUCUAACGCGUGGGAUAGUGAGGUGGUUUAGAAUGAAAUUGGGAAUACAGUAAUUACGCGUAAAAUGCACGAAACUUGUUAGAUAUAUGACUAUAUGUUGAGGUUUCCUGUUACGUUGCAGUUCAUAUUAA